AUGACAUUGUACUCCAUCUACAUCUUUAACCGCUACGCCGACAACAUCUUCUACAUGCAGUGGAAGCGAACGAGCGCGGUACAGGAUGGCGAGGCAAGCCUCGUCGCUGGCUUCAUUUACACACUGCAGCACUUGUCGUCCCAACUCUCCUCCUCGGGCACAGGUGGACUGAGGGCAGUGCAAACUCCACUCUAUAAGCUUCAUUACGCCGAAACGAUGACUGGGUACCGAGUCGCGCUACUCACGGAUAGGAACGUGGACACGGCGCUGGUGCAGGGCAUAUUUAUUGAGCUGUUUCGUGGUGUUUUCCAGAAAACUGUUACCCGGGAUCUAAACUACCGUCACGAGCCUGGGUGCACGAUCACCAACCCGGAGUUCGCGGAGGGGCUGGAGGCUCUCUUCCGUUCGAAGCAGCUGCUUCCCUGA